AUGUUUAGGGUAAAGCAAACUGUAGGAAGCGUUCUCUGUUGCACAUGCGGCAUUCCAAUGGCCCCAAAUGCUGCCAAUAUGUGCGCCACGUGUCUUCGUUCUCAAGAAGACAUAACAGCAGGUUUACAGAAGCAAGUCACCAUUAUUCAUUGCCCUGAAUGUGAUCGUUCCUUACAGCCACCAAGAACAUGGGUUAAAACCCAGUUAGAAUCCAAAGAACUAUUAACUUUCUGUCUGAAAAGAUUAAACAAUCUGAAUGAAGUAAGAUUAAUUCACGCCGAAUUCAUCUGGACUGAACCUCACUCCAAGAGAAUCAAAGUCAAACUAAAAGUUCAAAAAGAAGUUCAAAACGGCGUCGUUCUCGAACAAGCUUAUGUAGUACAUUACUUUAUUCAAGAUCAAAUGUGCGAGUCUUGUACACGAGUCAAAGCCAACCCAGAUCAGUGGGUCGCCGUCUUCCAACUCCGGCAACAUGUUGCUCACCGGAGAACUUUCUUAUACUUGGAACAACUUAUUCUCAAACACGAUGCUGCUCAUAAAGCCAUAAGAAUCAAACAAAUGAAUCGAGGGAUUGAUUUUUUUUUUUGUAAAUCGUAG